UGCGCCUCUUCGCGAUGCUCAAGACUCUGGUGAAGCGGGCGCUGCGUAAGGACGCGAGCGAUGAGGAAGAUGCCACGAGCAAAUCAAUUAGUGUAAGGACGAAAGCAAGAAGCUCGAAGCGCAAGCAGAGCCAAGUCCUCGACACGACUAUCUUUCACGCCAUCACGAAGGCGGUUGUCGAUCGCCGAAGAAUCAGUAGCUCGGAGUUGUGUCAGGCGUUUGAAAAGUACGACGACAACGAAGUGGGUCUCGUCACAGAAUCCUCGUUCGCCAAGGGUCUCGUCAAGAUCGGCAUCAAACUAAAACCCGACCAAGUCGAGUCGCUCGCCGACUGCUUUCGCCGAAGGACGACCAAGAAAGGCGGCGUCGACAUCGACUACUAUGCGUUCGUCGACUUUGCCAUCCAAGAACGCGACUCGGACAUACUAGAACAAGUUGGAGACAAGCUCCGUCGAGCGAUAGUGUCCUACAACAAGAAGACAGAUCGACCGUGGAACGCCAUGGACGAACUCCGCCGACUGGACAAGAAGGACCGGGGACAUAUCUUGCCGGACGCUCUGCGUGGGUUUUUGGAGUCCAACCGCACGCUUGAAUUCGAGUUGUCCGUCAAGGAAGUGUCUGCGGUUGUCGAACGCUUUGAAUUCGAAGACGACAGAGGCAACACUAUUGUCGACUACGAGCAGUUUGCCAAGUGGCUCCAGCCAUCGAUGCACGUCGACCUCAACGAGCUUCAUACUCACGUCAAACGACUCUUUGCCAAAGCUCAAGACGAAUGCAACGUCAGCCUCAAGGCCAUCUUUGAGGAAAUCGACGACGACGAGAGCGGCCACAUCACGGCCAAAGAGCUCAAGGACGCGCUGCGCAACAUGGGUCUGCCCAUCACGGACUCUCAGAUAAAGUGCUUAGUGGACGACUACGAUGUCAAUGGCGACGGGAAGAUCGAGUACAGUGAGUUCACGGCGGCGUUUGCUGGCAAAUUACCCAAGAACGAUUCGAAGCACAAGCAAGAUGACAACGAAGACACCGCUGAGGACACCCCUGCGAAGACAAAAGUCAAGGACAAUCCACGAGCGCUCAUUCCAGUCGCGACACUAACCCAGAUCGAAAAGGCCGUCGUGCGAAAGAACGGCCAACGCAUCAGCACCAAAGUACUUUGUGAAUUGUUUGAAAAGUACGAUUCCGACGAACGCGGAGUCCUUGACGACGCGACGUUCAUCAAGUGCAUCGGGAAGCUAGGAGUCAAGCUCAAGUCCGACCAAAUGAAGACGCUUGUCGAGUGCUUUCGAGCGCGCCCCACGACGUCGACCAGGUCGAAAAGCAAAACAGCGGGUAGAGACAUCGUGGAUUACUAUGCGUUUGCCGACUACGCGACGAACAUCCCCGACACGAACAAGCUCGCGGCGGUCGGGGAUAAAAUCCGACGCGCCAUCAGUCGUCACGAAAAGAACGCCCGAGAUGGCGCCCCUGCGUUUAAUAUCGGCGACGAGUUGCGGGCCAUGGACAAAAAGCACCGUCUCUGGCUUCCGUCCGACACGGUUCGGGCGUACUUGGAGUCGUCCAACAGCCCUGUCGAUUUUGAGCUGACCUCCAAAGAAGUGGCGCUUGUCGUUGGUCGAUUCGAGUUUGAAUUUGACACAAAGGGCACUGUCGCAGUUGACUACGACCAACUCGCGACGUGGCUCCAGCCAACGUUGAACAUGGACGUCAAGCAACUAAAUGACCGUGUCAGUAUGUUAAUACAAAGGGCGAAAAAACAGCACAAGUUGAGCCUCAAGGAGGUGUUCGACGAAUUUGACGGCGAUCAGAGCGGUAGCAUCAAUCGAAGCGAAUUCAAACAAGCUAUUCAGGCCAUGGGGUUGCCGCUUACCGAAGCCCAAGCUUACUGCCUGGUGGACGAGUACGAUACAAGUGGCGAUGGGCGGAUCCAGUACAAUGAAUUCUCCGCUGCGUUUGCGACCAAGUCGUCGGCAGACGACAGCAGCGAUGAUGGUGUUGCCAAGAAGCGUAAAAAGAAUGCGACAACGACCAAGACCUCCAAUGCGGCGGCAUCCCGCCUUAUCCCUGUUGCCGCCGAAGAAGCCAUUGCAAAAGCCGUCCGGGGCAAGCGAAAGCUCAGUCCAACAGCAUUGUGCGAAGCGUUUGAGCGGUACGACAAGGAAGAAAAUGGCCUCGUCGACGAGGCUACGUUCACCAAAGUGAUGGGCAAAGUCGGGAUCAAGGUCAAGUCAGAUCACUUGAAACGCGUGACGGACUGCUUCCGUCAGGGCAAGUUUAAGAAAAAGACCAACCCGGACAUUGACUACUACGGGUUUGUCGACUAUGCGACCAACAUCCCGGACACGGACAAACUCGCCGCUGUCGGGGACAAGAUGCGCCAAGCCAUUGUCCAGUACAACAAGAGGUCAUCGGACCAGCACCCGUUCAACUUGCUCGACCACUUGCAAAAGCUCGACAAGAAGGCCAAGGGGUGGUUGAAGCCCGAGGUGUUUCAGUCCUUUAUCGAGUCGAAUCGACCUAUUGCGUUUGACUUGACCGAGAAGGAAGGCCAAGCCAUCAUGGAGCGAUUUCGAUUCGACUAUGACGACAGAUCAUCCGGUGUGGACUACGAUCAAGUGGCCAAGUGGCUGCAGCCCACGCUACACUACAACGCGAAGGAACUGCACAAGCACGUGUGCAGGCUAUCGACGACGACGGAUCUGGCCAUGUAA